UGUCGGGCUGUUCACCGGUUCAGGGUGUCGGCGUCGCUUGUUGGGCACCGAGGUGACGGAGCGAAAAGCGGGAGGAGAGAAGUUGGCCCCGCUGCCCAGAGGCGGCUGUGAGGCCCCCUGCGCCCGCAGUUGACGGCGGUGCCCUAGUUCCCGACCCGCUUGCCGCCUCUCCCGGCUCGGUUCUUCCCACCGGCCGGUGACCGAGGCGGCCCUGAUGAGGCCGGCUCAGGGUCCCAUGGCAGUGGCAGAAAUGCUUAUGGACCCUGUACAGGACCGUGUGGUCUUUGAGGACGUGGCUGUGUAUUUCUCCCAGGAGGAGUGGGGCCUCCUUGAUGAAGCUCAGAGACACUUGUACCAUGCUGUGAUGACGGAGAACUUUGCACUUGUGACCUCCCUAGGUUGUUGGCAUGGAGCCCAGUAUGAGGAGGCACCUUCUGAGCAAAGUGUUUCUGUAGGGAUGUCAGAGGUUGGGACUCCAAAGCCAGAUCCAUCCACCAAGAAGGCCCAGCCCUAUGAGAUGUGUGACCCACUGUCCAAAGACCUUUUGCACCUACCUGAGCAUGAUGGAAUGUACCCCGAUGAAGGGCUGUAUAUUUGUGGGGCAAACCUUUUCCAGCACCAGAAGGAGCAGAUUAGAGACAAACUUUCCAGAAGGGAUGAGGGGCAGCCUUCAUUUCUUACCAACAGCAGCAUUCACUCGGCAGAGAGGACCUUGACAUGCAGCAGAGAUGGAAAGGACUUCCCAGGCAGCAUAGGCCUUCUGCAGCAGCUGACCCCUCACAAUGCGGGGAAGCCACAGAGGGACACUGAGUGUGGGGAAGCUUUUGAUAGUAGGCAGAGUGAUUACAGGUGCACUCAGUGUGGGAAAGCCUUCCGUCAAAAACAGAUCCUUGUUGAGCACCAGAAAAUCCACACUGGUGUAAGGCCUUAUGAAUGCAGCAAAUGUGGGAUGGCCUUCAUUAGAAAGUUUCACCUUGUUCAGCACCAGAGAAUCCAUACUGGAGAAAGGCCUUUUCAGUGCAGUGAAUGUGGGAAAUGCUUUAGGUACAACUCCACACUCAUUAGUCAUCAGAGAGUUCACACUGGAUUGAGCCCUUAUGAGUGCAGCAAAUGUGGGGAAUUCUUCAAGUACAAUGCCAACUUCAUGAAACAUCAGAGAAAACACAAUGGAGAAAGGCCUUAUGAGUGCAGAGAAUGUGGAAAAUUCUUUAGGUACAACUAUAGAUUGAUAAGACAUGGAAGAGUUCACAGUGGAGAACGACCUUAUAAGUGCAGCGAAUGUGGGAAAUUUUUCAGGUACAGCUCCACAUUCAUUAGACAUCAGAGAGUUCAUACUUCAGAAAGGCCUUAUAAGUGUAAUGAAUGUGGGAAAUUUUUUAGGUAUAAUUCCACACUCAUUAAACACCAGAGAGUUCACACUGGAGAAAGGCCUUAUGAGUGCACUGAAUGUGGGAAAUUCUUUAGGUACACAUCCACCCUCAUUAGACAUCAAAGAGUUCAUACUGUAGAAAGGCCUUAUGAGUGCAGCUUGUGUGGGGAAUACUUUAAGUACAAGUCCAAACUCAUUAAACAUUGGCAAAAUCACACUGGAGAAAGGCCUUACGAGUGCAGUGAAUGUGGGAAGGCGUUUAGGUACCACUGCAGACUCAUUAGACAUAAGAGAGUUCACAGUGGAGAGAGGCCUUUCAAGUGCAGCGAAUGUGGGAAAUUCUUUCGGUACAACUCCAACCUCAUUAAACAUUGGAGAAAUCACACAGGAGAGAGGCCUUAUGAGUGCAGAGAGUGUGGGAAAGCCUUUAGCCACAAGCAUAUACUUGUUGAGCAUCAGAAAAUCCAUACUGGAGAAAGGCCUUAUGAGUGCAGUAGAUGUCAGAAAGCCUUCAUUAGGAAGUCCCACCUUGUUCAUCACCAGAAAAUCCACACUGAAGACAAUAUGAGUGCUGUGAAUGUGGGGAAUUCUUUAGAUACAACUCCAACCUCAUGAAGCAGAGAAUUCACAGUGGUAAAGGCCUUAUGAAAGGGCCUACUGUAUAUCACAGGGAACUAUAUUCAAUAUCUUGUAAUAACUUAAAAUGGAAAAGAAUCUGGAAAAGAAUUAU